UUAUCUAUCAUGAUCGGCUCUGUCGGUCCAUCGUUGCAAUAUUGUUAUUGUCAACCAACGGCAUUACUGUUGUGGUUGCGUUUAUUUCUGAAAUUUCAUCUCUUCUGUUUAAUUGCUGAUUCUGUGAGUAUCGUUAUACUCCGUAUGUAAUUCAUAAUUCAUAAACAAGUAAAGAACCAUUAAUUUGGGAGCAAGUAAUACACAAUGUUACCGAUACUUCAAUUCCAAUUAUCUCUCGCCUACUCCUCCCCUGACUGUCGUCUUCGUGCACUGUUUCUGGUUUGCUAGUUUCGUGCUGGCGGGAGAGAAGGAAGAAGUAAAGGAGUAGAAGGAAUCAUCUCCUCUGCUUUCACGUAACUGUUUUGCUUCUAUUUAUUUGCAUUCACAAUUUGUUGUUAUUCCUUCUACUUUGGACAAUUGAGUUUUGGCUUUGUCUCUCUGCCUCUAAGGCUCUAAGCGGGUGCUUGAUUUCAGGAGAUUUUAAGUGUGCGAUAAAACUGUGCUUCAACAAGUUGUAAAUUUGUAAUCUUUUACUCGAUUGUUGGAUGGUUUUCAGUAACUGCCGAGUAAAUGAUGGCAAAAAGGAAAUCCUGGUUGAAGUUCUAGCAGCAAACAUGUCUAACAGAUUAAGAAAUGCAUGGGCUAUCCCCAAUGGAACCACUGCAGAUCAUGCCUUAACUGACGUUACCUUGUUCUCAUGUUCAAUGCCAAUCCUUCCACAUAAAAAAUUAAUCCCCAAUGACUCUGAGACUAGAGGCCAAUUGAUUGAUGAUAGCACACAUAGACUAAGUGGAUAUCAUGUAGAAGGGGGGAGUAGUAGUCUAUUCGAUGAUGAUGAUGAUACAAGGAUGUUUGGGAACUUUCUUCCUGGGGAUGAAGAUGAGUUAUUAGCCGGCAUAACAUAUGAUUUCGAACAUAGGGGACUGCCUUCUAACCUGGAGGACUUAGAAGAUGAUCUUUUUGGCAGUGGAGGGGGGAUAGAGAUUGAAUUAGAUCGCCAUGAUAAUAACCUACUUAACGGUUUUGCAAAGUUAAGUAUUUCUGAAGGUAUUUCUGGAAGCAGCAUUGGAGCUUAUGGUCUUUCCAAUGGUUCUGGAGAACACCCCUAUGGAGAGCACCCUUCGAGGACUUUAUUUGUUCGUAAUAUUAACAGCAGUGUAGAGGACUCUGAAUUGAAAUGUCUGUUUGAGAAAAUCAUUCGACUGCCUUCCCGGUUGAAUUUUUAGCUGAAAUUUGGUCUGGGUACACUAGACUUAAUGAAGAAGAUGCUCAAAAAAAUUCAUCAAAAAAUUCCACCGGGAACUGCCCCAAUUGGCGACGUCCGGGCAGAAACUCCUAUAUAAGGGGCUAAUUGAACACUUUAGCAAUUUGGGGAUAUCAGAGCACUAUAUACAGCAUGUAAGCACAGGGGAUUUGUGAUGAUAUCUUACUAUGAUAUCCGAGCAGCUCGAAUUGCAAUGCGUGUCCUGCAAAAUAAGCCUCUAGGAAAAAGAAAACUUGAUAUUCAUUUCUCAAUCCCAAAGGAAAAUCCAUCAGAUAAAGACGUUAACCAAGGAACUCUUGUUGUGUUCAAUUUAGAUCCUUCAGUGUCCAAUGAUCACCUGCAACAGAUAUUUGGGGCUUAUGGGGAAGUCAAGGAGAUCCGGGAAACACCACAUAAACAACAUCAUAAAUUCAUUGAAUUCUAUGACGUUAGAGCUGCUGAAGCUGCUCUUAAGGCUUUAAACAAAAGUGACAUUGCUGGAAAGCGGAUAAAGCUUGAGCCUAGCCGGCCUGGUGGAGCCCGCAAAAACUUGAUGCAACAAGGGACUCGAGAUCUGGAGCAUGAUGAUGUACGAUCAUUUGGGAAUCCAGUUGGAUCACCCAUAGCUAACUCUCCUCCAGGUAGCUGGCCCAAUUUUGGCAGUCCAGUUGAGCCCAAUCAAUUUCACAACUAUAGCACAUCUGCUUGUUUAACAAAUAUCAGCCCUAUAAAUAACAGCAUAUCUGGCUUGACCUCAGUAUUUUCCUCCAGUACUUCAAACCCCAUGAAGAUGGCACCUAUCGGUAAAGAUCACGGAAAGAAACUCGGUUCAAGCUCUGUGCCUGUCUUUGAUGACUCAAACCCAUCUGUUAUUGGGACACUUUCUGGUCCUCAGUUUCUCUGGGGAAGUCCUGUUGUUCAGUCAGAGCAAAAUGUUUCUUCUUCUAUAUGGUCAAAACCAUCAAUGGGGCGGCUAUGUACUUCCAAUGCUCAAGGACAAGGCUGUACAUAUUCCCAUCAAGAACAAGGCUAUCCAUAUUCCCAUCGACACAGCUCGUUCCUUGGCUCUCACCAUCAUGUGGGGUCCGCUCCUUCAGGAAUUCCAUUGGAAAGGCAUUUUGAACUUUUCCCUGAAUCACCUGAAACAACAUGCCUAAGCCGAUCUAGCUGUGGCAGUGCCAGCACUAGUUACAAUAAUGGAGGCUCUCUUGGUGGGACUUUUAUUCAAAGUGGUUCUCUUGGUAGGACUAUUAUUGAAAGUGGUUCUCCUUUUCAUAGAAUGAUUCCAUUACUAUCAAGAAAUGGUCCUAUGUUCUUUGGAAAUGGCUUUUAUGGAAGAGGACUGAAUAAUAGUGAGUUAAUUACUGAUCGCAGUCGAAGUAGAAGAGUUGAGAGUGGCGUCCAGACAGAAAUAAAAAAACAAUAUCAACUUGACUUGGAGAAAAUUGUGACUGGGGAAGAUAUGAGGACAACUUUGAUGAUAAAGAACAUCCCCAACAAGUACACUUCAAAGAUGUUACUUACAGCUAUUGAUGAGACCCAUAGAAAUACAUACGAUUUCCUAUAUUUGCCCAUUGAUUUCAAGAAUAAGUGCAAUGUUGGCUAUGCCUUCAUCAAUAUGGUUUCUCCUUCACAUAUCAUCUCUUUCUAUGAGGUAUUCAAUGGGAAAAGGUGGGAGAAGUUUAACAGUGAAAAGGUUGCAUCUUUGGCUUAUGCAAGAAUACAAGGAAGAACGGCUUUAGUUGCUCACUUCCAGAACUCAAGCUUAAUGAAUGAAGACAAAAGGUGUCGCCCAAUUCUCUUCCGUUCAGAAGGCGUGGAGAAAUCAGUUGAGGAGCCUUUACCUUCCCGCAACCUGAAUGUUUGUAUUCGUGGGCCAGAUGGGUCCUACUCAGGAGAUUCUCUGGAGGACACUCUUGAUAACGACCCCGGGGGUUCGACAUUUGCAGGAAGUGUCUGACUACAUUAAGUGAAUAAAUUUUUCAGUGCAUAUAUAAUAACACCAUCAAAAACAUGACUAACCACAAGAGUUCUUAGAAGGAGGGAGGACUUAGUGAUAUUGGAGGGAGCUGUUAGUUACACGGUAAUGCUAACAGGGGGCACUUAGUGAUAUUGAAUUAAUUUCUUUCAUUGGAAUUAGUGGUCCAAUAUGUGAUUUGGGUGAUUUUACCUUUCAUUUUAACAGGUUACCAGAAAUCGAAAGUAUUGUAUAGAGGAUUUAGGGAUGCCACUCAAGUGUAUAGACUUUACUCAGCUGUGUUUGUUUGUGGGAAGGAAACUAUUGCCGCUGAUGUACAUGGAUUUUUCUUGUUUAUGGAGUAUAUAAAAAAAUGUGCUACGUAUAUCUUAAUUUAGUUUCAUUUUUUCAUUCA